UCCUCGCCGUCUUGUGUGGUUGCAAGUGCCAUUCACGACGUUUUGCGACAUUACCGUACGUGGACGCUCAACUCUCCCGGGUGAGAUACCGGUUGAGCGGCGCAGUUGCACAGAAAUAUCAAAGAAAGCGACCGAUAGUCCAAUAACACUCUGCACUUUUUGUCAGAUCAAAAGCACACGUGCUUCAUACGCCGUCUCAGCUGCCCGUAAUUGUUCGCGGUAAAUGUGGACUCUUUAGUUGAGCUGAAAAGCGACGCGAGGGAAGGCAACUAAUUGUCUAAACGGGGCUUGAAGUAAGUUGCCUCCCCAGCGACGCUUUAAAGGGAAGCCACAGCCCGGAUCCCCAGAAUAACGGUGAAAAUGGACUAUGAUUUCAAAGUGAAGCUCACCGGGGAGAGAGAACGAGUCGAGGAUCUCUUUGAGUACGAGGGAUGUAAAGUUGGACGGGGGACUUAUGGCCAUGUGUACAAAGCAAAGAGGAAAGAUGGGAAGGAUGAUAAAGAUUAUGCUCUGAAGCAGAUUGAAGGCACAGGGAUCUCUAUGUCUGCCUGCAGAGAGAUAGCACUGCUGCGUGAACUGAAGCACCCCAAUGUGAUCUCGCUGCAGAAGGUUUUCCUGUCACAUGCAGACCGCAAAGUGUGGCUUCUCUUUGACUACGCUGAACAUGACCUCUGGCACAUCAUCAAGUUCCACAGAGCCUCCAAGGCCAAUAAGAAGCCUCUUCAGCUGCCACGUGGGAUGGUAAAGUCUUUGCUCUACCAGAUCCUGGACGGCAUUCACUAUUUGCACGCCAACUGGGUCCUGCACAGAGACCUGAAACCUGCCAACAUAUUGGUAAUGGGAGAAGGUCCUGAAAGAGGACGUGUGAAGAUAGAACGCUGUUCUUCUGUGUUCCAGCGCUCCAAUCCACAUGCUGCCUACCAGAACCCAGGACCAAGCACAUCAUUGCCCCAAAGCAGCAUGGGAUACUCCUCUACCUCCCAGCAGCCUCCACAGUACUCACACCAGACCCACCGCUACUGA